AUGCACCACUGUCUGGAUGAGGGAAGUCUCUUGUGUGGUGUUGAGGCUGGGUCUCUCCUUUCUGAUGUGAAUGAACCUACCACUACUACUACUACUACCGCUACUACUACUACUACUACUACUACUACUACUACUACUACUACUACUGUUAACGGAAUAAAGGUUAAAGUUGAGUUUCGGAAUCAGAAAAACAACGUAGAAGACAAUGGUGACGCCAAGGAGAAGUUACGCACCCUCAAGAACAACCAGACUGCUGCUCUCCCUGCCCUCACAAAGAAAUGGAAUGAAGUCAGCAAGUGUAUGGAGAAGCCUGAUAAUCUCCAUUUAGUAAAGACAGGGUUAGAGGAGUUUGAGGAAGGGUUAAAGAAGUACAAAGACUGCCACAGUGAUUACUUGUCUCAACUACCUGUCAACGAGCACCAGUCAGAAAUCAAAAGGUUUGAAGAUAAAGAAUUGUCUGCCUUAGGAUUCAGAUUUCAGGUGCAUAAAUGGAUAGCCACAACAGAAGCAAAUUUGCAGGAUUCUAUGGACGGAUCUUCACUGCGGAGCAGGUCACAUAAAUCCAGGAGAUCAGUUAAAAGCACGGCAUCAAGUGUAAAGUCAGCUCUCAUACAGGAGAAGGCAAAGUUGGCUGGUUUGCUUGCACAGAGGGCACUGCUUGAGAAACAGACAGAAAUAGCCCAACAACAGGCAGAAUUAAAAGCCAAGGAAGAUUUGUUAAAGUUGGAUGGUGAAAUUGAAGCAGCAAGGGCAAGGGAGAAGGUGUUCCAGGAAGAAGUUAUUCCAUCGACAGACAAAGUUUUAAACCCUGAAACACCAGCAUUUGUUCCUAGUCACAAUGUGCUUCAAAAUAAACCCAAUGUCACAGUGCCUUUUCUACCCAUGGCACCUGCCCCAGAGUCAUUCUACCAAAGUCAGCAACAGUUAGCAGCGGCUAUGAUGCUGCCUCAUGCUGAAGUGACCAAGUUUUGUGGUGAUCAUCUUGAAUAUGCAUCAUUCAUGUUGGCAUUUAAUGACCGCAUCGUGCCACACACCACAUCAGACUCCAACAGGCUGUAUUUCUUAAAUCAGCAUCUAGAAGGAAAGCCUAAGUCACUCAUAGCUGGGUGCAUGUUUAUGAAUGCAUCUGAAGGAUACAUUGAAGCAAAAAGACUUCUGGACAAAGUGUAUGGAGAUCCAUACAAGGUUUCCAUGGCAUACAUAGACAAGCUAACCAAGUGCCCACAAGUGAGAGGUGAUAACAGUGAAUCUUUGCAGGAAUAUGCUUUGUAUCUUGUGAAAUGUAAUCAUACCAUGCAGUCAUUGUCAAACAUGCAGGUUUUAAAUGAUUCGCCAAACCUUCAGAGGGUGAUUUCAAAGCUGCCAGUGUAUAUUCAAAGUAAGUGGUUGGAUCAUGUGAUAAAUCUCAGGAAGCAAGGUGUUUGUGUGUGUUUCACCACAUUAGUGGAAUUUGUGCAGAAUGCAGCAGAGGCAGCAAUGGAUCCUGUAUUCAGCAGGGAAGCUUUGGGUAAAGUGUGUGUUUUUUCAAAGGCAAAGGUAAAUCAUGGCUCAAGUCAGACCAAGCAAAAAUCGUUUGCAGUUACAGUGCAACCAUCAAAUUCUGCCAACCAAUAUACUAGGAAAUGCCAACUCUGUAGUGGUCAUCAUGACAUUGAGGAGUGCCUUCAAUUUCUGCACAGGAGUGUGGAUGAAAGACGAGAAUUUGUUAAAGACAACUGUCUUUGCUUCAGUUGUUUGGGCAAUAACCACACUUCAAAAAGGUGUCUCAAUCGACGGCAGUGCAAGACAUGUAAUAAAAGGCAUCCUACCACUCUGCACAUUCAGAACUUUAGGAUGCUUGACAGCAACAGUGCAAUUGUGUCACAAGCUACUGCACAGUUUGAAAGUACAGGUCAAGGUUGUGCUAAGGGUCAAGAUGGUACUCAAGGUGAAGGUCGCACUCCAGGUCAAGGUAAUACUCAAAGCCUAAAUAAUGUGAGGUCUUUUGCAUGUACAAUUUCUGAUACAGUGUUGCAAUCAAUCUUGCCUGUGCAAUUAAGUGUAAAGGGUAGUGACAAUGUAGUACAAACUUAUGCCUUUUAUGAUACGGGCAGUACAGGCUGUUUCAUUAAAGAUAGUAUCAAGGAUCAAUUAAACUGUAAAGGUAUUGAAACAGCUAUCAAGUUGCAAACAAUGCAUGGGACUGAUAUGGUUAAAACCUUUAUUGUAAAUGGUCUUGUUGUUGCUGAUAUACAUGGUAAUAAUGAUGUAUUGCCAAAGGUAUUCACACAAAAGGAUAUUCCUGUUAAUCAUGAUCAAAUUCCAAGGUAUGAAAUGUUAAAGGAUUGGCCUCAUUUAUCAAGUGUUAUUAAUAAGAUUCCAGUGUAUCAGCCAGAGUUAGACAUAGGAAUUUUGAUAGGUAGUAACUGUCCAACAGCUUUACAACCUUUAGAGGUUGUACCCACUUCAGGUUAUGGCCCCUUUGCAGUAAGAUAUUUGCAUGGAUGGACAGUUAAUGGGCCUGUACAUGUUAAGGUUAGUUCAAAUGGGGUUUCAUGUCACAGGUUACUUGUAUCUGAUGUUCAACAUGUUACUGACUGUAUUACUGUUGAAAGUAUCAGGAAGUACUUUGAGUUAGAUUUUUCAGAAAGGGAUCUUGGGUCAGUUCCUGAUGAGCGUGGCUUAUCUUUUGAGGACAUAAGAUUUGUGAAAAGGUGCCAAGAUGACAUUGAAUUUAGAGAUGGUCACUUUCAGCUACCCAUGCCUUUCAGAGAUCUCAAUGUGAAUCUUCCUAACAAUAAGAAGCAGGCUAUUAGCAGAGCUAAGUGGCAAAGGAGGAAGAUGAAGAAUAGUGAAGAUUACAGACAGCAGUACACAGCAUUCAUGGACAAGUUGUUUGAAAAAGGCUAUGCUUACAAGAUCCCAGAUGAUGAGGUCAAUAAGAUUCCUGUUUGGUAUCUUCCUCAUCAUGCAGUUUUUCAUCCCAAGAAAGGGAAGAUUAGGAUUGUUUUUGACUGUAGUGCCAAGUUUGAAGGUGUGUCAUUAAAUGAUGUUCUGCUACAGGGUCCAAACCUCACCAAUUCAUUGACAGGAGUACUCAUUAGAUUCCGGCAGGAGGUUUAUGCAUUCAUUGGAGAUAUUGAAGCUAUGUUCUUUCAAAUAAAGACUCCACCUGAGAAUCAGGACUAUGUUAGAUUCUUGUGGUGGCCUAAUGGUGACAUCAAUCGACCUCUUGAAGAAUUCCGAAUGGCUGUUCACAUUUUCGGAGCAAUCUCAUCACCGAGUAUUGCAAAUACUGCAUUGAAGGCCACAGCAGACAAAGCAGAUGAGAAGUAUGAUUCAACUGUUGGCAGCACCAUAAGGCACAAUUUCUAUGUUGACAACUGUUUGAAGUCAUGUGCUGAUGUUCCUACAACAGUGAAGUUGGUGAAGGAUUUGGUAUCUGCAACUGGUGAAGGAGGAUUUAGGUUAACUAAAUUUGUCAGCAAUUCAAUUGAUGUCCUUAAAGCUUUGCCUGCUGAAGAUUGUUUGGUUGAAAGUGACAAGUUUAAUCUUGACAUGGAGAGUCUAUUGACAAGAGCCUUAGAAAUGUUAUGGGACCUUAAAGAAGACUCAUUCAAGUUCUCAAUUGAGCUCAAGGAUAAUCCAUUCACAAGAAGAGGAUUGUUAUCAACUAUCUCAUCAUUAUAUGAUCCCCUUGGGUUGCUCUCUCCAAUCAUCUUACCAGCCAAGAAACUGUUACAAGAAUUAUGUCAAGUUGAGAGUCUGGACUGGGAUGAGAGGAUUCCAGAUGAGCCAGCUGAAAGGUGGCAACAUUGGAUACAAGGUCUUCAUUUACUGGAGCAGCUUUCAAUACCAAGAUGCUUCAAGUCAAGUGGUUUUGGUAAUGUGACAGGUUCAAGUCUUGUAUUAUUCAGCGAUGCAAGUACAGUUGGUUAUGGUGUUGCAGCAUAUCUUGUUCAUCACGAUGGAAACCAAGUUCAGUCAAAUCUUGUCAUGGGAAAAUCAAGAGUAUCUCCCAAAAAGGUGGUGACUAUACCUAGGUUAGAACUUACAGCUGCAACUGUCUGUCAAGGUUGCUCAACACAUCCUGAAGGAGUUGGAGUUUACUCCAACAGAGUCAGGGUUAUAAGGGACUACUCCCAGCCUGAGCAAUGGAGAUAUGUAAACUCCAGUGAUAACCCUGCUGAUGUGGCAUCAAGAGGUAUUAGUGUACAUCAGUUUUUGCAGUAUGACGAAUGGUUUCAUGGCCCAUCAUUUAUUGCAUCUGAUUAUUUGCCUUCACAGGAGUAUGUGUGUGCAGAUUGUGUUGAUGGUAAGAGUGAGCAUGUGUCUGCGGUCACAAUUUCUGAAGAACAUCAUGGGUUUACAAGAUUGAUUGAAUAUUUCUCUUCAUGGUCAAGGUUACAAAAGGCAGUUUCUGUAUUUCAACAACUAAAGUCAAUCCUUAGUGGUAAAAGGAAAGGUUGUGUAACCACUGAUGCUGAAAGGGCAAUCAUAAUGUAUGUUCAACGGGAGGUGUUUGGUGAUGAAGUGAAGGCUUUAUCAAGGGAAUUGUCAGUUGGCAAGAGUAGUCCAAUGUAUAAGCUUGAUCCCUUUCUUGAUUCUGAGGAUGGCUUAUUGAAGGUUGGAGGUAGGAUAAGAAGGUCUGACAUUCCACAGUCUGCCAAACAUCCCAUACUGUUACCAAAGAAGCAUCAUGUGACUACAUUGUUGAUACGACAUGAGCAUGAAUUAUUAGCUCAUUCAGGUAGAAACCAUGUUCUCUCAAAUCUAAGGCAGAAGUAUUGGAUCAUCAAUGCUAAUGCAACUGUCAGGAAUGUGUUAUUUCAUUGUGUUACUUGCAGGAAGUUGAAAGAACCAGCUUUGAGUCAAAAGAUGGCUGAUCUUCCAGCAGACAGAUUGGAACCUUCACCACCAUUCAGUAAUGUUGGUAUUGACCUCUUUGGACCCUAUUACAUCAAGGAAGGAAGAAAGGAGUUAAAGAGGAAUGAACCUACUACUACUACUACUACUACUACUACUACUACUACUACUACUACUGUUAACGGAAUAAAGGUUAAAGUUGAGUUUCUGAGUUUGUGUCGCCCAUAA